AUGCUGGAGAUUGCAUUAGAGCAUAAGAACAUGUUCUCGCUCGUGAAACAGCGUGAGUCCUCUGCGUCAUGUACGUCUGAUUUGGAGUGGGAGAGGUUAGAAACGGUUGUCGGGUUCUUGAAAGUCUUUGUCGAAGUGACGAAAACAUUCACAAAGAGAAGCGGUAGUAGUUGCUUAACCGCAAACAUUUACUUCCCUAAGAUAUGCGACGUACACCUCUGGUUAAUAGAAUGGACCAGAAGCCCUGACGGUUUUGUUAGCUCCUUAGCUGUAACCAUGAGGAAGAGAUUCGAGGAGUUUUGGAAUAGAAACCACUGUGUUCCAGCCAUUGCUACCAUAUUAGACCCACGCUUCAAAAUGAAGCUGGUGGAGUAUUACUAUCCGCUGUUGUAUGACUCUGCUGCUUCGGAGUUUAUUGAAGACAUCUAUGAGUACGUCAAAGUGCUUUACAACGAGCAUUCUUACAUUAACGAGACGACUACUUCUUCACCAGGUCAAGACUCUAAAUCGGAUCUUGAGAAGUACCUAAAGGAGCCUCUGUUCCCACAUAACUCAGAUUUUGACAUACUCAACUGGUGGAAAGUUCAUACACCAAAGUACCCGAUUCUCUCCAUGAUGGCACGUAAUGUGUUGGCGGUUCCCAUGUCGAAUGUAUCAUCAGAAGAAGACGCCUUUGAGAGUUCUAGGAAGAGAAGGAUUAGUGAAACCUGGUGCUCGCUUAGACCGAGUACUGUCCAGGCCUUGAUGUGUGCACAGGAUUGGAUCCGUAGUGAACUAGAAAGCUCUUGA